AUGGUAUUGGUGAAUGGAAUAAAAUACGCCUGUGAAAGGUGUAUCAGGGGUCAUAGAGUGACCACCUGCACGCAUACAGACCAACCGCUGAUGAUGAUAAAACCAAAAGGUAGACCUUCAACAACUUGUGACCUUUGUAAAGAACUAAGGAAAAAUAAACGUAUUGUCGAUAAAUUGCUCGAAGAAGGUAAACAAUGCACUUGUGGCAGAUUAAGAAAAAGAUUAGAACAACAGAAGCUGAAAGAUGAAGCAAAGGCAAGGUCAAAGGAACUGAAGAGGCGGAACAAACUGCUAGGCGGAGGUGAACAAGGCAAUAAGUCAAAUGUUAAAAUCGACUUACUAAAACAACACAAUGACAACACAUUCGAUACCACAAAUUAUAAGAGAAAAGAUUCAGUAAUCUCGGAGAGAAGAAUGUCCGCACUCUCCAUGAACAGUUUUACAGGAACCGGUAAAAGUAUUUCAAUGUUGAACAAUAAUCCUCAUUUAUUUGGUACAGACUCAAGUGUUCACUCAUAUAGCGAUGUCAGUAGUAUGAAUUCUCCUACCUCCAUUGACGGAGGUAAUAGUUUCAUCAAUGGCUUCUCUAGCAGCAAUCCAAAUAACUUCAUAAGCAAUAACUCGAAUUUGUUUACUAAGAAUUAUUCUGACUCACAUUCAAAUCUAUUCAACGUUUUCAACUCAAAUAAUUAUUUGGAUUCAAACGUAGGCAACAAUAACAAUAACAAUAACACAAGUCCUCAAAAUAACGAUAGUGUUCAUGCUAUAUCGUCCCCGGUAAAUACAAGCGGGAAAAUUACAAAAGAUUACCACCGAGUGAAUUCUCUAGCCUCCAUCUCAUCUACACAAUCUCAACACUACUUGGAACAAAGUUUUUCUUCUCCACAAUCGCCAUCAUUUUAUAAUACUACACACAUAACAAGCAACUUAACUGCUAAUACUACCAAUAGUAACGGUAAGAAAGAUAUUUCGAUUUCUAGCAUAAUACCUACAAACUUGUCAAAUAUGUCUCCUGAUUGGUUAAGUGGAGUUAAUAAUUCCGAAAAUAACGACAAUAACAAUAUGAAAAACAGUAAAAGUAACGACUAUCCUAAUAACAACAUAGAAAACAAUUUGAAUGAUAUUAAAAUUAAACAAGAACAUGAUUUAGACGAUAUGAACGGUCUAUUAGAUUCUAUCAUGAAUUCUUCUGCUCUGCAAGGGAUGUCAAGAGCAUCUUAUUUAUUAAAACAAGAGAAUCCGUCCAAUCAUAGUUUAAAUAAUCCUCUUAUUAAACCUGAACCAAAAGAUGAUAAUAUUCUAGAUUUUGAUGUUACAACUGCCAAUAAAUUUACAGCAACUAACACUAAUGAGACUAAUAAUAAUGCAACUUUGGAUAAAAUAACAAAUGCUCAAAAAAAUUUAAAUAAUAUGAAGAAUAUCACUACAAAUGUAAACGACGGUGUUGGUAUAUUAUCAUUAACACCUGGAUUAUUAGAUAUGGAUGCUAAUAAUAACUUUUCAGGUGCUAAUUCAUUACUUAAUAUACCUGGUAAUGAUAAUGAUUUCAAUGCUUCCUCAUUUCCUGAUUCCCAAUUGUUGAAGAAUGACCAAGAUCAAUCAUUACAAGAACCAAAAAUAAAAAAUGAAAAUUACGUAAUGGGCUUAGAUCCUCAAGAUGAGGAUUUUGCAAAACAUUCUGAUAGCAUAUACUCAAGUUAUAAUGAUAUACUGAAGGGAAUGGUAAAUGAUAUGAGCAGCUCAAAUAACUAUUCUAAUGUCAACAUGGAUAAUUCUACUAUUGAUGUUUCAAUGAAUAGCCCUUCAAAUCAAUUUGGAAAUGAAAAUUUAUUGAAAGAUAAAAUAUUUUUAAAUAACACAAUGAAUUCUGACCUUGAUCAACAAGUGAUUCAGAAUGUUAUAAAAUCAGAAUAUGAUGACACGUUUAAUAUAUAG